GUCUCUCAUCCCGACCCCCGUUCGGCCACCCGCGUCCAGCCACUCUCUCUCUCCCGUCUCCGACGUUCAGUCCGCACCCUCGCCUCGCGCACGGCGCGUACUCCGCACGCCUUCGCCUUCGUCGACACGCGCCGGAAAUCGCCGCGGGCAAAGGGAACGUACCGUACGCGCUCGCACCACCGACGGCAGCAAGGAAGAAGGUUCCGCGAUAAAGUGAUAAGGAUACGGAAGCUCGAGAGACACCAAGGAUGAGGCUCCUCGCAAUCGCCCUGACUUUCCUCCUUCAGGCGUGGAUCGUGUCCUGCGGGACGAGACCCAGCUUCGUUUCCGAUCAGAUGAUCGCGACCGCAGCCAGUGUCGUGAACGCCUGCCAAACGCAAACGGGAGUUGCUACAGCCGACAUAGAAGCGGUAAGAAACGGUCAAUGGCCGGAAACACGUCAAUUGAAGUGCUACAUGUAUUGCCUCUGGGAACAAUUCGGUCUGGUCGACGACAAGAGAGAGCUAAGUCUGAACGGGAUGCUGACAUUCUUCCAGAGAAUACCCGCUUAUAGAGCCGAGGUGGAGAAAGCGAUCAGCGAGUGCAAGGGGAUCGGUAACUAUUUGGCAAAGGGUGAUAAUUGCGAGUACGCGUACACGUUCAACAAGUGUUACGCGGAGUCAUCUCCGAGGACUUACUAUCUAUUUUAACGAGCCCCGCGGGAGGACGACAGUUAUGAAGACCAAGAACAAAAUGCUCAAGAUACAAUUUCGCCGAAUGUGUUGAGAUGUUUUUACAUUUGAACCACUUUCCACAUUAUCAUGUAACUGUGCUGUAUAUACCAUGCCGUAUUGCGUAAACCGUAUACGAUGUGUGUGUCGAUGAAAUAAAGAAUUCAGCGAUCUAAUCGACAUA